AUGAGCAGCCGCCGAACUUCAGCUCUUCCAGGCUUCUCAACUCCGCAAUGCCUUCCCCAAACCCCGACUACGAGGCUCCCAACUCGUAAAGUUCCUGACGCUAAUAAACAUGGGCAUACUUCUCCUUACCAUGGAAACCCUGGAUCGGCAAUCUCGAAGCCUACGUCGUCGCUACCAUUUAGGUCUGUGCGGCCGGUCCAAGAUGCCGAUGGCGCAACCAGUUCCUACUUUGAGCACUCGAGCGGCAAGCGGAUCAAUACUGAUCUCGUCUUUACCGCAGCUCUCAAGAAGCAAUACCCUGAGCUUGAGCUUGUUGUAGUCCCAGGAGACGGCGACAUUGGAGCCUCUUGUAACUUACUGGCUUUCGCAAGCGCCGGCUACGCUACCGUGACUCCAAUUCGAGAGGAGGGUGAGUUGCCAUCGUCGCUGGAAUGGACGGUCUACUUGCCUCCCGCUCGUCGAAUGGAUGGCAAUAAAGGAGGCUUGGCCGAGGCGCCCAUCUUUGGCAAAUUUCUUUACCAAUGGGAGGGUGAGGAAUUUCUCGUCUAUCUGGCCGAUGGUCGUGAUGGGUCGAGUGCCUACCCAGAACUUAAGAACUACUACAUCCUCACUGCCAAUGUCUACAAAGCUGAUCAACUUGUUCUCGCCGCCGGAUCAUGGGCAAGCGACCUGCAUAAUGAGGUCUGGGUCUUCGAUCAGGGCUUUUUCACCAAAGAUCGCGAGCUGUGGGAGAGUGCGCAGAAAUCAACAUGGGACGCAGUCAUCCUGGACGAGGAUAUGAAGAAGUCGCUUAUAAACGACCACAUCUCAUUCUUCGAGUCGAGGCAGACCUAUGCACGUCUCGGCGUGCCAUGGAAGCGGGGCAUCAUCUACCAUGGCCCGCCUGGGAACGGAAAGACUAUCAGCAUCAAGGCUGCAAUGCAUAUGCUGGCUGACAGAGCCCCUCCCAUUCCUACCGUGUAUGUACGUAGCCUGGAGUCGUGGAUGGGACCCCAAGGCUCUCUUAACGAGAUCUUUCAGAAGGCGAGGGAGUUUGCGCCCUGCUACUUGGUGUUUGAAGAUAUUGACUCUCUCGUUACACCUGACGUCAGGAGUUACUUUCUGAACGAGGUCGACGGCCUAAAGCAGAAUGAUGGCAUAUUCAUUAUCGCCAGCACCAACCAUUUGGAACUACUAGACCCGGGAAUCGCGAAACGUCCGUCUCGAUUCGACCGAAAGUACUACUUUCCCGAUCCAAACAUUGACCAACGAGAAGCAUAUUGCCACUUUUGGCAGAAGAAGCUUAAAUCCAACAAAGACAUCGAGUUUCCGGAUAAGCUGUGCCGAGCCAUCGCUGAGAUCACCGACAAAUUUAGCUUUGCCUACAUCCAGGAGGCGUUUGUGGCAGCACUGUUGGCCAUCGCUCGGCGAUCAGAGAGCAAGCCAGUAGUAAGCGGCUCUGCAGAGGCUUGGGAGUUAGUUGGCGAUGACUCUGGAGAUGCUUUGACAUCAGAUAAAGGUGAUCUGGACAGACUAGAGCUCUGGGUCGAAAUAAAAAGGCAGAUUAAGAUCCUUCGCGAAGGAAUGGAAGACGAAGAAUAA